AUGAAGAAAUUCAUAAUAUUUAUGUUGAUUGUGAAAUUAACUUUGGCCGAUACAAAAAACGUGAAGGAGCGCAACGAUCUUAUGUUAUCCUCCAUCCGUCAGUUUGCCAAUACGGUUAAAAUGAUGAGAGAUCUCAUGCUCAUGGGUUCUAUGGGUUUGCCUCUCUUGGCCAUGGUGGGUUUGGGAAGUUUAGUAUUACUGCCCAUGUUUCGCCCUUUGAGAGCUCCACCCUUCAGGCCCGUAUCUCCCGGAGAUAAUAAAGAGGAAAUGCAUAAUUUCCCGGGACGGCGGACAUUUGCCAUCGAAGAAACUUUCGAUAUGAUGAAGAACCUGAAUCAAGUAUUCAGAGAAUACAGCAUUAAUGAACCGGAGUGCAGACUUCGAGCCAUUUGCGAAGUGCAUCAAUACACUUUCAGAGGAGAUCCCAUGGACAGAAUAGUCCAAUUGAUGAAAAUGGAUAAAGACAUGGGAGUGUCUCCGACUAUAGUUUUACCUCCGAACAUCUUUCUACAGUACAGAGAAGCGGCACGAAGUGGAAUGGUCAAGCAAGAUUGCUCGAAACUCUAUGGUCAAUGUCCCAAAUCGGUCUUCUUCUUCAUUAGAAACAAACACGAUAAUUUAAUUCUUUCCUCGCCGCCGCCAUUUUAA